AUGAAUAUACCAAAACCUUUGAAUUUGGAGGAAUCAAAUACUGAUAAGAUUCACGAACGAUUGAGAGAAUUGAAGACGCAAGAAGGGGCAUAUGCAGAAGUUGCAAAGGUGGUAGAAUACUUGGUGAAGGUUCGACAGGAAAAGCCUUCAUUGAUACAUUAUGAUGCCUUGAUUGCAGCAAAUGCGGAUGCAGAAAAUGGCAGUGUAGAGGUUGUUAGGACUUUGUUGGAGGAGAUGAAGGCAUUGGGUAUUGGGGCUGAUUCGGGACUUUAUCAUACAGUUUUACAAGUACUUGCGAUUCAUCCGGACUACCUUUUACGAACUCAAACAUUAGAGGAAAUGAAGGAACGCUGGUAUGGUUUAUCUCCUGUCGGAUGGCAUAAUUUGGUCAUUGGUUUACUUCGCGAUCGUCAAUAUGAGAUGGCUAUGGAUAAGUUCGAACAAAUGCAAGCAGAUCAAAUCGCAAUAGAGCCAUGGCUAUACGAUAUUUUCUUCUUUCGGUUAUGUGAAUUGGAUGAGUUGGAUGAAGCUCUUAGACUAUUGAAGUCUCGAUAUCACAAACCACCUUUAUCGAUGCAUAUGCAUUAUCACUUGUUGGAUUCAUUUGCUAGUGCAUUUCAUUAUGAAGGUACCACUUACAUUUGGAGACUUUUAGUCGAAACUUCGGAAAUGAAUCCUGCCGAUGGAACUUGUACAGCGGUAUUAAAUUGUGCUGCUCGUCAUGCAGAUCCAAACCUAGCUACUUCCGCUAUUGGACUUCUCUCAAAACGUAGCACUGUUCUCGGGGUUCAUCAUUACGAAGCUCUUCUAGAAGCAUAUGUCGCAGUUGAAGAUAUCAAAACCUCUUUUCGAAUUCUAAACAUAAUGACUAAAGCCGGUCUCACACCAGACGCACAUUCCACACGAUCAAUAUAUCUCUACUUAACAACAUCAUCAUUCAACGCCCUUGAUGGCUGGAAAAUUCUCAGAUCGUUAAAGGAAGAUGGAUAUACCAUUCCAAUUGCAGCAGUAAACGUUGUUUUAGAAGCCAUCAUUGAAACCCACAACUUAAGUCACAGCAGAGACCACGCAAUAAAUUACUACAAAGAACUUCACACAAUCUGUGAUACAGGUCCAAAUAUCGAAACUUUCAAUACACUCCUCCGAGGUCUAGCUCACCAUGCCCGAGGUUCCAAACCCAAAGCCAUGUUCCUCGCCUCUGAGAUUCAAGCCUUAAAUCUUCGACCAGAUGAACUUACUUACGAUCGUCUAAUUCUUAUUUGCUUGCAACCUGAAAACGCGGAUUUCGAUGAUUGUUUUAGGUACCUGGAGGAAAUGAUGGUAGUAGGAAGAGAUAAGGUUGAUUCGGCGGGAAGAAGAGGUUGGUGGAUGAGACCUGGUACAGCGGUUACAUUGGUGAAAAGAUGUGUGGAAAGUGGGGAUGAAAGAGCAUGGCAGCUUAUGGAGGAUAUGAAGAUUAGGGGAAUGGUUAAUGAGUAUACGAAGUUGAAGGUUUGGACGGAUUUAUAUUGGCCGAAGGAGGGGGGGAGAUUGUCUGUUCAGGGGACUGGGGUGGGAGAUGGAUUGAGGAAAAGGGGUGGAGGGGGUGGAGGGGGUGGAGGGGAUGGAGUUAGGAAGGUUGAGACGGUUCUUGAUACUGCUCCUCUGGGGGGAAGUUCAACAACUGCAUUUUGA